AUGACAACACUGGAUGUUGUGGAUACCACUGUAAACAAUGAUGCAUCCACCUCUGUAUCAGCAUCCUCUUCCUCACCGUCUCAUCCUCCUGCCUCCGUCUGUGCCUCCACCCAUGUGAGAGCGUCCCGCUGCAUUGAGUUUCUGGACUCCACCCACUGCACCUGUGUGCAGGGCUACAGCAUCUCCAGCCACAACAGCACACUGUGCACAGACACUGAUGAAUGCGAGCUCUUCCGUCUAACUCGUCCUGGCCGUCUGUGUUUGCACACCUGUGUGAAUACGGCUGGAAGUUUCCACUGCGAGUGUCCCGCCGGUUACAGCCUGGGCCGUGAUAGCAGGAGCUGCCAUGACAUUGACGAGUGUGCGAGAGCGACCCAUAACUGCAGUAGUGAGCAGGUGUGCAUGAAUACAUACGGAGGUCAUCGCUGUGUGGAUGUGGACUGCCCUCGCAUCCGUAACGCCACGUACAUCAAAACCUCACCGCUGCGUUGCGACCGUAACCCUUGCAUCCAAGGUGACAACGCCUGUUUCCAGGCCCCGGUCUCCAUUAACUUCCACUUCAUGUCCGUGGUGUCCAAUAUGUCCACGCCCACCGUCCUCUUCCGGUUGUCCGUGGCUCGCAUCCUGGGCGACACGCUGCGCUUCGGCCUGCUGGGGAACCGGGGAGUCCAGCACUUCAGCGUCCAGCGCGCGGGCAGACUGACGGGGCAGCUGGUGCUGGUGAACUCUCUUCAGGGUCCCGCCACGCUAGAGGUCGAUAUAGAAAUGAGCGAGAUGGAAAGAAGGGUGCUGCUCGGGCGAUACGUCAAGAAAGUCACUCUCUUUGUGUCGCUGUAUAACUUCUGAGAAGCAGGAGACAGA